UGACACUUCGUUGCUGUCAUCAAGAGUUGUGGGCAAACAUUUCGCGUCUAGAUUCCAAGCGAAAAUUAAUAUUUUGUUGGUGUUUUAUAAGUUGAAUAGUUUGUAUUUACACUUCAUUGACCAAUUCAGUGACCAUGGCAGAAAACGAUGUCCUGAAAAUGAAGGUAGCGGACUUGAAGCGCGAACUUAAAUUGAGAGGUUGUCCAACCACAGGCAAUAAGAAUGAAUUGCAAGAGAGACUGCAAACAGCACUUUUAGCAGGAGACACGGGAGACUUCGGCCUGGAAGACACUUCAAUAACGGAAGAUUUGCUAGAUGAGGCUCUUACUGACGAAGAUGAAAAAGGGCUCGAUUUAUCGAAUGAAGAUGCAGUUCUACAGUCACCAGACAAAGAUGAAGAUAAAAGCAUCGCAACCACCAUUGCAGGGCAGCAGCAACAGAAAAAGAUUGUUCUGAAGCGGAAAACAUCGAUUUCUCUCCCGUCAAACACGUCUGCAUCCGCGACUUCGCCAACAUUACCAGAUAGUAAACCACCAGAGAAAAUUUCAAAGACCAGUUCACCCUCAGAAGCCUCAACCACUAACGAUAAAGCAUCAGACGGGGCAAAGACAGUGAUCAAACUGUCAGAACUUUCAAUGAAAGAUCGACUCGAAAUGCGCGCUAAAAAGUUCGGAACGGCAGCGUCAGCGGACACGGCGAAAUUGGCCAGAGCUGCGCGAUUCGGGCAGUCGACAAACGCUGAAAGCAUUACCUCUGCAAGUAGUGCAACGUCGGCUUCGACAUCGAUCGAUACCCUCAAAAAACGUGCAGAACGUUUCGGUUGUUCUGUUUCGUCUCGGAUGGUACAACUCGAGCGGAAAGAGAAACUAAUGAAACGGCAGGAGCGAUUUGGAGCAGGCAAAAAUGAUUCUGAUAACUCCACAACCUCUUCAGAACCCAAGGCGAAUGGUACGAGCGCAACUGUCGACUAUGCCGAAAAGGCGAAACAACGUCUUGAACGGUUCAAGACCGCCGUGAAGUAAGAUGAGAGUAAAGAGCUCUUGAGUGUGCAUUCAAAUGAGAAUAGAAAAUGUAAAAAUUUUGCAUAGAAUUCUUCUGUUGUUUCUGACUUGCGCGACUAAUUUUCACGUCUUUUCAUCUACCUAUCGAACAGAAAGUUGCACACAAAAAAUGCGGAGCCGUUGCCCAAAUUCUUGGAGGAAAAACGCGUUCUAUGGUUACUUAGGGAAUUAAGAGUUUUAAGUUGUAUAUCUCAUUUUUUUGUUAGAGGUUUAAACCAAAAUAACAAAGUGAACUUUUGAACUGCA